AUGAACACGACCGAAUUUCUCAUGAUCGCGUCGGCGAUUGUUCCGGAACGCACGGCGAUCAUAUUUGACGGCGAUCACAUCAGCUUCGAGAUGUUGCAGGAGCGGGUGAACCGGCUGGCCAAUGCAAUGUCGGAGCUGGGUAUCGGCCGGGGCGACCGGGUCGCGGCGAUGCAGACCAACUGCCAUCACCUGAUCGAAAUUUACUUCGCGGCGGCGCAACUGGACGCGAUCUACGUGCCGAUCAACUUCCGCGCCAAAGAGGAAGAACUGGCAAUCAUGCUGGGGAUCGCGCAACCUGACCUGCUGUUUCUGGGUGAACGCUACCUGCCCCUGGUUCCGACCGACGGGUCGCUGUCGGUGGAACGUAUCGUCAUGCUUGACGCGCCGGCGGCGAACGCCGGUUACGCCUACGAUGACAUGUUGGCCAACGCAGACCCCGAACAAGUUCACUUUCCCGAAGACGACGAAGACGCGACCACCGUUAUCAUGUUCACGUCCGGCACUACGAGCGUUCCCAAGGGAGCGCAGCUGACCCACGACAGCUUCGGCACUUUCCUGCUGACGAACGUGGCGCCGGCCGACCCGGAGGUCGAGGAAACCAAUCUGUUGACGGUGCCGAUGUAUCACGUGGCGGGGCUGCAGGCGGCCCUGGCGGCGGUGUUCGGAGGGCGGACGCUGGUGGUGAUGCCGCAGUUCGACGCCGAAAGGUGGUUGGGCCUGGUCGCGGAAUACCGGGCCGACCGAGCGAUGCUCGUGCCCACCAUGCUGAAGAUGGUCAUGGACCAUCCCAAGUUUUCCGAUUACGACCUGUCAUCACUGAGUGUGAUCACCUACGGGGCCGCACCGAUGCCGCUGCCGGUGGUUCGGCAGGCUAUCGAAACGUUCCCGGGCACGCGGUUCAUCAAUGCCUUCGGGCAGACCGAAACGGCGUCCACCAUCACGAUGCUGCCGCCGGACGACCAUGAUCUGACCGGCACGGCGGAGGAAGUGGAGACCAAGCUGCGCCGCCUGACCUCGAUCGGCAAGCCCCUGGACGAUGUCGAGGUGAUGAUUGUCACCGAAGACGGGGAUCCGGUCGGCGAGGGCGAAGUCGGCGAGAUAGUCGCUCGCGGCCCGCGGAUGAUGACCGGCUACUGGCGCCUGGACGAUGCCACCAGGGACACGCUGAAAGGGCGGGUGGCUCUACACCGGGGAUCUGGCCUGGCAGGAUGA